AUGGGAGCAGUGAAACUGAUUGGAUCUUAUACAAGCCUGUUCUGCACAAGGGUUGAAUGGGCUUUGAAGCUUAAAGAAGUGCAGUAUGAAUACUCAGAAGAUGAUAUAUUCAAUAAAAGUCCCCUCCUUCUCAAGCACAACCCUGCUCACAAGAAGGUCCCUGUUCUUGUCCAUGAUGACAAACCAAUUGCUGAGUCACUUGUCAUCCUUCAAUACAUCGAUGAGACGUGGAAAGAUAAUCUCUUGCUGCCUCAAGAUCCUCAUGAAAGAGCCACAGCUCUUUUUUGGGCUAAAUUUGCUGACGAGAAGCGAAGCUUGAGCUGGGGCUGUUUUGGCGUGGGUUUUGUAUCUAUGGUAAGCUGGGAGGCUAGCAGUGGUGGUUGGGUGGCUGAAAGCAUCCCAGUUAAGCUUGUCUCAUUUGGCCUCAUUCCCUCCCUCUACAACUCUCUGAAAAGCUCAAAGCCUUUUCAAAACACCCAUUAUGAGCAAACUCAACAAUCAUGGCACUUCACGAGACAUCAUCCUUCACUAGCAUCUCCAACAACGUCAUUCUACGAGGUCAAGUUCCUAACAGGGAUCAAAGCAGUAACCUUAGCAUUCGACGCAAAGACAUUUGGUUCACGCAUUUCAUCAAACACCUUCUUCGCAAAAGCAACACUUAGUGACAGGCAGUGUAUGAUAGAAGCAUUUGGGGCUGCCUGGAAAGAGGGAGAAGAAAAGGAGAAGGCCAUAAAGUCUGCACUGGAAUCGUUUGCAUUUCUUGAGAAGCUGAUUCAGGGGAAGAAAUUUUUCAGUGUUAUGGAAGAAGUUGGAGGUAUGAAACUGGUUGAUGCUGAGAAGUUCCCAUCUCUUCUUGAAUGGGCUCAGAACUUGAUUGAAAUCCCACUCAUCAAAGAACGUCUCCCACCAAGAGAUGCUGUCGCCAACUACUUGAAUAUAGUUGCGAGCCACAAGCGUUCCCAGAAGCAGUAA